AUGCAACAAUGCACACUAACAUACACCAAUACCCCCCGACGCGCACUACUACAGGAGCAUACAGGCGCAGGCAUGGGCGACUCUUUCACAAUCAACAUCCCACUGCCCCCAGGAAGUGGUAGUGGGGCGUAUGCGUAUGCAAUAGAGACCAUUGUGGUCCCUAGUAUUAAAAGAUUUAGGCCCGAGCUGAUCAUG